AACAACAACAGCAACUGUGCGACAAUCGCGUGCGCGUUUCGUGCGCGUUUUUUGGCGCGCGCGUUUUUUAAUUAAUUCGAAGCGUUUUUGUUGUUUUUGGCCCUUUUCGGUUCGUGCGUGCGUGUGUGCGUGUAUGUAUCUGUGUCCAGCCGGAAAUCAGCAAUUGAAUUUACAAUAAGACGCUUUCAAGGAGCCCAAGUGGAGCAAAAACCCAUAAAAAACAGUAGCCAACCAAGAAGAAGAAGAGAAAGAAACGCAGCAAGAGGAAGCAGCCAAAAUGUUCGCGGGCAUCAGAAAAAGACUGGCACGCAAGCAAAACGAGAAGGACUGCGAUGAGGAUGACAAGGACGAUGUGCACGAUAUUAUGCCGCCAGCCAAUUAUAUACAAAUUUCGCAGGGCAAAAUCCAGCUGGUGCACCAGGCGCGCUCCUUGGAGCACGAACCGGGGCUCAGCUUGGAGCGCGCCAGCGACAAGGAAUUGUUGGAAAAGCGCAUGAUUGAGAUCGAAGGCGCGCUGCUGCGUUUGCAGGAGCAGUUCCAAAAAAGCCAAUGCGGGUCACCAACAUUCGAGAAGGAGCUGCGCGAGCAAAUUGAGAACAUGAAUCGCAUUAUGAAAUCCAAAGAACGCAAACAACUGCAAACAUGUCGGGAUCACAAGGCUCUCCAGACACGCUUUGCGCGCCAGGAGAGUCUGCUGCACACGAUGCAGCAAGAGAAUCGGGCGCUGCUCACAAGGAUCAGGCAGUACGAGCACUGCCUGGACGAUGUGAUGCGCAAGGUCGUGGAUGCAAUUGUCGCCGAGGAUAACCUACGCGAGGAGGUGAGCAUGCUGAAGAGUCGCGUCCGCGAUCUGGAGGCACAGAACGCGGCGCUGUCGGCGAGUCCGGUCAAGGGACGCGACGAGGGCUACUGCACGAUGAGCAGCGGCCAGCCGCAGCCGUCGAAUGGUCAUCUGGAGGAUCUGCCCGAGGAGCCGGAGCAGUGGCUGCUGCCAGCGGAGCCGUGCUCCACGGAAAUGGAGGACUGGAGCAUGUCGCAGGAGGAGCUGGCUGUGAUAACCUUCGACGAUGAGCGCGAACAGCUGCAGCUGCAGCGCCGCAAGCGGGAGCACGACUGGCUCUGGCCCUCGAGCGACUUCAUCAAUUCGACAACCGUUGAGACCGACGACUCGGUGGCCGACGGCAUUGCCCAGCUGCUCCAGCAGAAGCUGGUCUACUCGGAGGAUGAGGAGGUGGCCUGCACGGACUUUACCAAUGAUUUUUACAAGCUGGUCAACAUACGCUCCAAUUCGUCGCGCAGCCUCUUCUCCUAUCUGGAGGGCGAGACCGACGAUGAGGAUGAGGACGACGAGGAUGAACAGGACUCGAGCAUGUCGGAGAGUCAGACAAAAGCGCGCGUCAGCCCGACGCCCAGCGAGGCGGGUCGCGCACAGCUGACCAGCUGCUCCUCCAGCGAAACCGAUGACCACUCGCUGGCCCAACAGCCGGCGCAGGCGGAAGAGGAGGAGCACGACUAUGCCGUGAUUGAGGAGUGCCGAGUCGAGGAUGUGCCGCUGGCAAACACGGCGCCAGCUCUGAACGAACAGCAAUGCAUAGCACAGAUAAUCAAGAGCGAACUGCGCCGACCAAAUCCCGUGCUGGUCAAGUCGAAGUCGGUGCUGGAGGAGCAGGAGCCCAGCUGCAUACUGCGCCACAAUCAGCGGCGCGAGCUCGAGUCCAGCGUGGUGCGCAGCGACAGCAUCAGCUGCGCUCUGAUGGCCAAAAUGGCCAAAGAGACGCCGCCGCCGCCGGCCCCAGCGGUGGUAUCCAAGCUGAAGGAGCGUCUGCUGCAGCGGCAUGCGCCGCCGCCGGCGCCGGCCAACUCCUGGCGGCGCAGCAACGGCUGGAAGCGUGUCACCUCGCCGGUUGCCGUUGCACCAAAGAAGGAAACAAAGUCAACGGAGUUGCCAAAGAGCUGCCAGCAGAAGGCGCCGCCCACGCGAAUUCCAACGUGCAUACACACAUCCUCAACAUCCACGAGCUCAUCCUCCAGCUCGUCGUCGCCAUCUUCACCGUCGCCGCAGCAGACGACGACGACGACGACGACGCCGCAGAAACCGCCAGCGCAGCAGCCGCAGCGCAAAUCCAAAAUUCCGCCACCCGUUCCCGUGCGUCGUUCCUAUGCCAGCUAAAAAAGAGAUGACACGCCCCCGCCCCCCCCGAAAGAUAAUCUCAAACGAGCGACAAAACAGGAGACAAAUGCUCCACAAUAGAUUUAAACAUUUAAAAAGACUAAAUUGUGAUAUAUAUUCAAACUAAAACGAGAGGGAGAGAGAGAGAGAGAAAGGGAAGCAGGAGCAAAAAUUAACUUUGUAUUCACGCAUCAGUGUUGCCAAUAUAGCUAUUUUCCAGCUAAAUUUAGCUACUUCUGGCACCUCGAACAACUCUGUUAAUGGCCAAUUUGAUAAUUGAACUUAUUCGACUUAAAAUUGGAUUCAGCUAAAGUUGGCAGCACUGCGACGAAUACAUCAUAUUUAUAUUAUACACAUAUAUAUGCAUAAGUUUUUUUGGAUAAUGUUUAUAUAUUAUGAUUGUUCCAAUGUAUUCUCACAAGCAACACGCUCGACGUGCUCUAUACGCUUUUGUAGAGCAGCGCUCGCAGCGUGCCCGAGACAUAUGUGUUCCCAAAUUGCAUUUCCAACUGAUAAAGAAAAUACUUCAAAAAUGAUUUAUAUAUAUAUAAAAAAAACUAUAUAAUCUGUAUACAAUAUUUGCAUAAUUUCUAUGGAAUAGCCAAAACUUUGCAAGGUGUAAAGAAAACUAAAACUAAAGCCCAAACAAACUACUCAAACUAUUAGCUAUCGUACAGAAAAGAAUACUUAUAUAUAUAUACAUUAAAAAAAAAUGUAGUCUUCCGCACAAAAUCAAGUGUAUUUAGAGCAUGUACUAUAUAGAUUUGUAGAAUGUGUUUAUCAGUUAGAUAACAGAUCAGUUGGCAGACUUUUGUAUGAAAUGGGUGAAAUGCAGAAACAAAACAUAAAGGUACAGUAGAUAUACAGAUAUACAUAUAUAUAUAUGGUUUCGAAGCGAACGUAAAACAAGGCGAUAACAAUAAACUGUAAAUAGAGAUAUAUAUAUAUAUGUAAUACAGCUCUUCUUCUACUCUCUAGUUAGUCUCUUUAAGUAGCAACCGAUGUGAACUACUCGGUUUUCGCAAUCACAUCCUAAGUACGAGUUAUAUAUAUAUAUAUAUAUACAGUAUAUACGAACUAUAGCAAACGCACUACGCCCGACAAAUGAGAAAUUAUAAAUUUAAGCUCGUAUAAAGCAUUAUAAAUGUAUUUUCUUAGCGUAGCAAGUACAAAAGUAAACAAUAAACAAAAAGAGUUACGAAAAAAUAAAUUAUUAAACCAA